AUGGAGAAGAACCCCCUGAGCAUUCAGACAGUUAAAAGUGAUGGGAUGAGAGUCGAGGUGAGGCAGGAUAAUGCUGUAUGUGAUGGUUGUUUUCUUUUGCAGGUGGUGGAGACCAACCUGGUUGCCUUUGAUUGUCAUUGGAUCCUGAUUAAUGAGGAGAUCUCGGACUAUGACUUACAGGAGUUAGUCAUGAAGUCAAUUGGCCGGCUGACUUUAGUUCGCCAGAUGUUCCCAAUGCCGCAAAACACAACUCAGCGCUGUGUCAAACACAACCACAGGAUUAACACGUCCCUCUGUGACCCUAAAAGCCCUAAGGCUCAGCAGCUUGAGAUCACCAAUCGUUACAUCUAUGACACCGUUUUGCUGCUGGCCAAUACCUUCCACAGAAAGUUGGAGGACAGGAAGUGGCACAGCAUGGCCAGUCUCAGCUGCAUCAGGAAGAACUCCAAGCCUUGGCAAGGAGGCAAGAGCAUGCUGGAGACAGUGAAAAAGUUUGGAGUGAGCGGUCUUACCAGUUUCUUGGAGUUCACCGACAAUGGCACUAAUCCCAACAUCUUCUUUGAAAUCCUGGGAACAAACUAUGGAGAGGACAGGGGCCGAGGAGUCAGCAGGCUCGCCACAUGGGACCCGGUUCAUGGGCUGAAUGGCACUUUGACUGACAGGAAAUUGGAAAACAACAUGAGGGGAGUCGUGCUACGAGUUGUCACUGUUCUGGAGGAGCCAUUUGUGAUGGUGUCAGAGAAUGUGCUUGGGAAACCAAAGAAGUACCAAGGCUUUUCAAUCGACGUCUUGGAUGCGCUGUCCAACUACCUGGGCUUUAAGUACGAGAUCUAUGUGGCUCCAGACCACAAAUAUGGGAGCUUGCAGUCCGACGGCCAGUGGAAUGGACUCAUGGGGGAACUGGUUUUUAAGCGAGCUGAUGUUGGACUCUCCGCUCUGACCAUCACGCCUGAGCGGGAGAGUGUUGUAGACUUCACCACACGCUACAUGGAUUAUUCCGUGGGCGUUCUGCUGCGCAAGGCCGAGCGCACAGUGGACAUGUUUGCCUGCCUGGCACCCUUCGACCUGUCGCUGUGGGCGUGCAUUGCAGGCACUGUGCUCCUCAUUGGCAUCCUGGUGUACUUGCUCAACUGGCUCAACCCACCGCGGCUGCCCAUGGGAUCAGUGUCUUCAACCACACUGUACAAUUCCAUGUGGUUUGUGUAUGGGUCCUUUGUACAACAAGGUGGAGAAGUCCCAUAUACCACCCUUGCAACCAGGAUGAUGAUGGGAUUUUGGUGGAUGUUUGCUCUCAUUGUUAUCUCUUCCUACACAGCCAAUCUAGCUGCUUUCCUCACCAUCUCACGAAUAGAGAACUCUAUACAGUCUCUGCAGGACUUAUCAAAGCAGACUGAACUGCCAUAUGGGACAGUCCUGGACUCUGCAGUAUAUGAUCAGGUGCGCUCAAAGGCUAUGAACCCCUUUGAGAGAGAUCCCAUGUACUCCCAGAUGUGGCGGAUGAUUAAUCGGACUGGAGGAGCAGAUAAUAACGUUGAGGAGUCGAGGGAAGGCAUUCGCAAGGUGAAAUAUGGCCGCUUUGGCUUUGUGUGGGAUGCAGCAGUGCUGGAGUACGUGGCCAAUAAUGAUGAGGAUUGUUCAUUCUACACUGUAAGCAGCAACGCGCCAGACCGUGGAUAUGGUAUCGCCAUGCAGCACGGCAGCCCCUACAGGGACAUUUUCUCCCAGAGAAUCUUGGAACUCCAACAGAACGGCGACAUGGACAUCCUGAAACUCAAGUGGUGGCCCAAAGACAGCCCGUGUGACCUCUACAGCUCAGACCAGACGCGGCAGCGUGGCAACGCGCUCGACAUCCACAGCUUUGCCGGAGUUUUCUGCGUCCUGGCAGCCGGCGUGGUUCUCUCCUGCCUCAUUGCUAUGGUGGAAAGCUGGUGGUCACGGCGGAAGGGAUCUAGGGUUCCCUCCAAGGAGGACGAUAAGGAGAUCGACCUGGAACACCUACACCGCAGGGUUAACAGCCUGUGCACCGAGGACGAAAGCCCCCACAAGCAGUUCUCCACCUCUUCCGUCGAUUUAACCCCCCUUGACAUGGAUGCACUUCCUGCUGCACGACAGGCGCUCGAGCAGAUCAGCGACUUCCGCAACACACACAUCACUACCACCACCUUUAUCCCUGAGCAGAUCCAGACCCUGAGCCGCAGCCUGUCUGCCAAAGCCGCAGCUGGGUUUUCCUCUGGUUUUGGUGGCGGCACCACCCUUCAGGACCACCGAACUGGUGGGGUGGGCCCCUUCAGGCAGAGGGCCCCAAAUGGUGGCUUCUUCCGCAGUCCCAUUAAAACUAUGUCCUCCAUUCCUUACCAGCCAACAGGUCCAGGACCCAAUUUUGGAUACGGCAACGAUCCAGACAGGGGCACCUCCAUUUGAGGUGCUGCAAUGGAUAUAGCUGGUUUGGGAGAAGAAGUAAGAGGAAGAGGUGGUCUGAGUAUGUCAUGGGGUGGUUGAACAAAUAUUUCAUGGCUAGGCUAAAAUGUCAGAGGAUAUAUAUAUGUGUAAACAGGAAUAUUUGUUUCUGUUUUUAGUUUUUGCUCGGGUAUCCAGAGGUGUUGACUUUGUAUGUGGGGGGUAAAAAACGAAAAAGGUGGAGGUCUGGAGGGGUAUUCUUCAUCCUCCCACAAACAAUGCAUCUCUACUUUAUUGUUGUCGUUGUUGUGAUUGUUUGGGGAAUUAUUUUGGGAGUUACAUCUGAGAGGGGACCUAUUUUUUAUUGAUGUGUUUUAGUUCUCUGACACGAGGACUUUCUCAUGUACUGCUGAAAUGACCUGACACUUUUUGCUGUAUGAACACCCUCUUGGUGGGUUUAGUCAAAAACUAGUUUAACACCAAGACCUACCCCCUUGUUAGCUCCAGAGUUGCCAUUGAUGAAGAAUUGUAGCUCUCUUUAUCCUUGAAAUAAUUUUCAGGGGUUUUGACUGCUAGCAAAAAUGAGGCAUUAACAUUAUGAAAACAAAACACAAGGUGUUGUCUUGAAAUCGAGGAUCAACUAUCUCUAGUUUAAUGCUGCCUUUCCACUAUUUGAGAGGCUGGACUCGUUGUUCUCUUCACUGGUGUUGUUGUAUCAAUGCCUUUGGUUCUGAAUAUGUAAGGAAUCCCAGGAUGAUAUCCUUGCGAGGGAGCCUGAUCGAGACAUAAGACCUUGCAGACGAACACAUGUUGACGCCUCCACGGUGCAUCAGUGUGAAAAUUGUUGAAAUGCCAUGACAGUGUAACAAUGUGACACUGUAACUCACCAGUUUUGGUGCAUCAAUCUUUAAAGUCCUUCUGCCAUUUUUUGGUGCAUCAGCCUGAAACUGUUUUCACCACUUUGAUGCACAUUAAACUCUUUGUCAAUCCUUCUGCACUGUACCAGUGCCCACAGACCUGUAAGUGAUUGUAUGUAGAUCUUACCUUUUAUUUUCGCUCACCUGUAUUGUGCUAUCUGCUUUUUGAUUCGAGGUGAGAUACUCCAACCAGACUCUGAGGUGUAGGAGAAAUGGACAUUCAUAAAAAGCAGCUGAAAAAGCGAGGAACAAAAAAAAGACGAGCUGAAAGACUUCACAAAGCUUAUGCUUAUUAUAUGUCUUUUAUUGAGUUUUGUUUUGAGAAAAAAAAAGAUUUUAAUGCGUGGAAUGUGUUUUGGUCAGGAAGUACAAAAAAAAUUUCACAUUGUUCUGAGCUGUCUACUUGUUUUUAUUUCCUCUCUCUGAGCAAACUUUGGAAAAACUGCUAAACAAUUGCUGUAGUAUCUGAUUUCGUGUCACAUUCAAAUUUCUGCUCUUUGAUUUUUUUUUUUUCUGUUUUGAUUAACCUUUUAGUGCUACCAUAGCUCCUGUGUUUAGAAGAUAAAAGCUCACUUUGCAAUGUCAUGUCACAUCCAAGAAUCAUGAAUUGCAUCUUAUCAGGUUCAAGUGCUGAAAUGAAGUAGAGUCUGUGUUCGAGGCAAAGCCAUUGCAACAAUGUCUUCAGUACGAGCCUUAUGCGACCGCCAGCUAGCUGUCCCCUCCCAGCAUCCAGGAAACCCCAAACCACUGCUGUGUACUGGAAACAUUACAGCAAAUCUUUGUAGAGAUGGAGAUCGAGGCAAUGCCCUGAAGGAUCAGUGAUCAUCAGAACCUACUGAGUCCAAAAUACACUUCGAUUUCAUAUUUUUCACAGAAAAGGUACUAUUUAUAUAACUUGUUUUUUAAGUGCCAAUUAAUUAAAAACAAAACCAUUAAGGUGCAUUUUUUUUGGUGGGGAGUGGAGCAUUUUUGUGGAUUACUUUGUGAAUUAGAGGGCAGGUUGGUGAGGUGGAACCAAACCUUUUUAUUUCACUAACACUGUAUUAAUAAUUGGUAAUGUUAGUUGUUUAGAGCAAGUUUUUGGUUUCUUAUCUUUUUUGAGCUAAAGCUGCAAACUGUUGUGUGUAGAGAAUUCAGUCAAGCCACAGUGUUUUGAAGCAAGCAUUGUUAGGGUUUCUUUUCUUCUAUUAGAAUACAGUCGGGCUAUUGAAUGACAAAUAGGACACAUACGUUUAAAAAGAUUUAUUUAGUAUAAAUGAAAGAGACAUUAUGAAAAUGUAUAUUUUACAUGUUGAUGCUAUUUUUGUUUAACAAAAAGGAAAAGACUAUAUCAUGUCGAGCUUUAGUAUUGAGUUGAGCAGGUAAAUUACUGCCUUUGGUUCUCCCCGUCCUGCCCAUGGUAAACAUAAACAUACACACCAAUCACACCGAUGGUUUGCUUUUUCUUUCUUUUUUUUUUUUUUUUUGUUUUAAUCAUAUCAUUCAGACUUUUUUUUCUGGCUAAAUAACAAAACUUAGCAAGUUCACUAAAAAGAAAGCAUGCACAAACUUGCUGUCUUAGCUGUCUGUUAACAUUUUUGAUUUCUUACAUAGAACUACAGGAUUUACUUGAUAAUUUUCCAGAAUUUAUGAUGUACAGUAUUUAAUAUAGGCCUAUUUUGUUGUAUGUGUUGCAUAAUAUUCAAAAACCGAAACAAACUGGGGCCUCUGUUACAAGUGGCAAAGCUUUCUGUGUAUAAUUUGUCUAAUAAACAGGUUUUCUACAGUG